AUGCAGCCCCCUCUCUGUCAUCUCCUCCUCCUUCUUCUUUACCUCCUGCUCUCCGGGACAUGGGCAGACCUGGAGGAGGCCUUCACUAUCCGACUGCUCCAGACCUCCACUUUCCAAAACACCUCCUUUGUGGACACAGAGGGGCUGGGCAUGCUGGAAGACAUUGAGCUCGGUUCUCUCGACAAGCACAGCUGGGCCAUCGGCUUCUACGAGCCCUGGGUGCGCCCAGCCCUGCCCCACAGUGACUGGGACACCAUUGAUAACAUGAUCAAGAUCUAUUUGCGGAAGUUCCACUACUUGAUCAGUGAAGGUGCCAUGCAGAAAGAUGUGCCCUACCCCUUUGUGGCCCAAUGCGUGGCAGGCUGCGAGCUCUACCCCAACAAGACCUCUCGUGCUUUUGCUUAUGUGGGCUACAAUGGCCAGGACUUCCUCAGCUUCAACGUGGACAAUGCCACUUGGUUCCUCUGCCAAGAUACCGACCUGUCACCGUAUGUCCAGGCUGUUCUCCAGAAAUAUACUGCCUUCACCGAGCUGGUGGAAUUCCUUUUCAACAACACUUGUGUUGAUGACAUUGAGUUGUUACUGCAUUAUGGGAAGGCAGCUCUGGAGAGACAAGUGCCGCCCGUGACCACGGUCUUUGCCUGCACACGCAGCCCAGCCCAGCUCCUGCUGGUUUGCCGUGUCACCGGCUUCUACCCACGGCCCAUCAGCGUGGCCUGGCUGCGGGAUGGCCAGGAGGUGCCACCAGGCCCAGAGCUCAACACCAGCGCCAUCCUGCCUAAUGCCGACCUUACCUACCAGCUCCGCAGCAUCCUGGCCGUGGCACCGCAGGAUGGGCACAGCUAUGCCUGCCGUGUGCGCCACCGCAGCCUGGGCAGCCGCAGCCUCCUCAUCCCAUGGGGGGACUCAGAUAUGGUGCUGAUUGCAGGGCUUGGGGCCGGGCUGCUGGCACUGUGGGUAUGGAGACGCAGAAAGCACGAGCAUUUGGAAUCAGAAUCCAGGAACUCCAUCCUAAGCAAUGAAGAUUAGCUCAGAAGUGAGCCAGAAGCAUCUGACUCCUUCCACCACCUGCACAGGGAAAAACUCCCCCUUUUCUUGCUUUAACAAAAUGCUGGGUACUGCAGAAUGUGACAUCAAGCCAACUCAGAAUCUGUGUGGGGCCCGACCUGCUUCCAUUUGCUAACCAGACAAGGAUGUAGUCUGAGCCUUCUUCAGUCGCUACUCACAAUCACCUCUCACCUUAUGACAUUGCCCCAUGCACCCAUCAAGGCUCUCAUCAGUAGUACCCAGAGGUGAUGUGUGUGUCCCGUCCCCUCCCCGCCCUUUUCUCGUACAGUAAUGAGUCAGUCGCUGGUGAGCUGGGCCCUUCUUCCACCACUUUCCACUGCUCUUUCCUAAAGAUUGCUUUUAUUAACCCUAUUCUGAAAAUA